AUGCUUACCCGACACCUCCCUUCGCUGGGGCCAGGGCGGUUCAAGUAUGUUGCCGUCAUCGCCAUACUAGCCUUGUUCCUACUAGCGCAGGGUCUACCCUCCCUACAUAGCGUCGAAACCCGCGUGCGCGAUUCUCACGUGGGGGAAGACAGGCCGCGAUACAUCUAUCACUCCACUUUCCGUGAUGAUCCCGACCUCGAGUACGAACGCAAUGUUUCCCAUGCUAUGCGCGACCUGGAAGAAAUGCAAUUGGCGCUAGAUAGCGCAGACACAACGAAUACUCUGUGGCAGAUCUUACUGGACCCCUCAGCCCAACGAGGCGAAGACUCGCUUUUGUUCGAGGGGAAGAACCCGGAGUGGAAAUAUGCGCUCGUCAACAACGAAUGGGCCGAACAAUUCAUUGCUAUAACCCUUAGAUCCGUGCCGGGCCUCGCGACUUUAUACCAUGAAUACCCCCACAGAGUCCUCCGAGGCGAUCUGCUACGCUAUCUGAUCCUGUGGUAUUACGGAGGCUACUACACAGACGUCGACGUAUUCCCCGCAAAAUCCAUCAAGUCAUGCCCGUCCCUCCAAAGCUCUGUGCUCACCAAGGACCCCGAUAUCUCCCUUGUCGUGGGGGUUGAAAUAGAUGAGCCCUUUGCCUCACCGCAAAAGAUGCGCGACUGGCACUGGGUCCGAAGCUACGGGUUUCUUCAAUAUACCAUCUACGCGCCACAGCGAUUCAGUCCACUCCUACGGGAUGUGAUCGUGCGAGUCUUGUCACACACAAAGCGUCAUCGCGAAAACAGCAACGUCAUAUUUGGUGCCAAGUAUAAUGAACUAACCACGCUCGAGAUCACAGGCCCCGGCGUCUUCACAGAUGCUAUUCUGGACGUCUUGUCUGAUACAUUACCGCCUGACCACCCGAUGGUCUCAGUAUCGAAAAAAGCAGAUGAAGUGUUAGGAGAUCUUGUUAAUGGAUCGGGCAUUCCCAUUGACCGUGUUACAUGGGCACCUUUCCAUAAGCUGAAGGAGCCACUGUGUGUGAAGGGCUCAGAGGCUAAAGAAGGAAAGCAAUUGGGUGGACUGUGCGCGCUUCCCAUUAAUGCUUGGGGUAACGGCCAAAGACACAGCGGAUCGGAAGGGUUCGAUAGCUCCCAUGCUUGCAUUAACCACCGGUUCUCUGGGCAUUGGAAAUCGUGGAAGCUUAGUUGGAAGAAAUAUCUUUUUGGAUGA